AUGCCAUAUCUUUUGCGAAUCUUGGAGGUAGAACUUCGUAGGCCAAAGGGUAUAACGACAGAUCUUGAGCAAUCUUAUGCAUCUGAACUCGGCUCUGGUUCUCUCUUGGCCGGCAGUGAUGAGAAAAACUUUCCAGCUCUUUCUGAACAUCAUAGACAGCCCUCAUUGUAUUCAGCCAAGCCAAGAAGUCAAGACUUUCAUGGGACCCAGGUUGAGGCGGACGUGGAUUCGGAUUCAGAGAAUGCCCUGAAGCAGGACACUUUGGAGCAGAGCAGCUUGACGCAAAGUGGCUCAAAUCGUCCACUUUUCAUGAUACUGGGUACUUUGGCCGGAGUACUUAUGAUAAUCGCAUUCGGUUUGAUUUCAGCAUGCAUCUGGUAUCACCUACGGGAUCCGCGCUACAAACGGCAAGGUUAG